AGCGACCAUGUUGCGCGCAAUCGCCCGAGCGCAUGCUCUGCCCCGCUGCAGCAGCCGUACAUUUGUCUCCUCUGUGAUUCUCACCCGCAACUGGGAGUCCGAGACAGUCGCGCAGCUCAAGAAGGAAGCCAAGUCGCGCGGUCUUGCAAUGUCGGGGAACAAGGCGACGUUGGUUAUGCGGAUACAGCAGUAUGAGCGGGCGCGUGCGAACGAAGCUCUGAGCCCGGACGUACCCGCCGGCGCGCGGGCUGCGUCGACCAGCCCCGCCCCCGCCCCUUCCACCACAUCCAGCAGCGCUACCUCUGCCAUCAGUGGCUCGCUACACAUUGACCCGAAGCCGAUCUCCGAGGCUCCAGGUGUCCCGCCCGAGGCGCAGUCCACCGCUCCCCCUGUGACUGAUUAUCUUGCGGUCAUAAUUCCCGAUCUCUCUGCCCCUGCCCCCGAGCCACCCACGCCAAUUCCCCACGUACCCGACUUCUGGGGCUCUGCCGCUGCCAAGAGCAAGCCAGCGCCUCCUUCCCCAGAAGAGGAGCUGCCCAAGAUCGUCGUCGUCGCGGAUGCGUCUACGCACAUUGGUGGCGUUACUCACAACCUCACUUCAGCUGAAGAAGAGGUCAUUCAGGACGUCUCCUACGCCGACUACAAGUCCGGUGUCCUUUCUGACAUGGCGAAGGACCUUGGCCUCCCCCCUUUGGCGGACUUCAAGAAGGGAUGGGAUAAGGUCAAGUUCUGCGCAGUCGCGUACUCGACUCACAGGAUUUUCUGUUUACUUUCAUACGAUCCUUCAUGCUUUCUGUCGCUGGUCAAGUGUGCAGAUGUCAAAGAGGUUGUCCAGGACCCCCGACAUUUCCGCCAAAGGCCUCCGGAGAAAAUUCCGACUUUUGGGCCUCGUGAGCCUGCGCCGAUUUUGAGCAUCGAGGGGGUUCUGAGCCUGCGUUUGCGGAGGGGUCCCGCUGGACCCUCGUUCUGA